UACACCGAGAUUUUGCUUAUGAUCGAGCUAAAGUAGUCUGUGAACGCUUGAAAGAAACACUUAACAAACAAAAUUUUUCGGUACCGAUUCAAGCUUGUAUUGGCAAACAGGUGAUUGCUCGGGAAACUUUACCAGCUUUGAAAAAACAUGUCACUGGUAAUUUAUAUGGGGGUGAUCGAACUAGAAAAAUGAAAUUAUGA